GGGAGCCGGCGAGCGCCCCUGCUCGCCUCGGCCCGCCCGCUCGCGCCUCCUGGGCGACGUCGGACAGCGCCCGACCGGCCACCGAGCCAGCCCCGCCGGGCGCCAUCGGCUGCCACGGGCGCGGCGCUCGGAGAGCCGCGACAAAAGCGGAGGACUUCAUCCCAGUUUGAGCAUGGAGAUUUCUUCCCACCAGUUCCACCUCCUGCAGCAGUUAAAUGAGCAGCGCAGGCAGGACCUGUUCUGUGACUGCAGCAUUUUGGUUGAGGGGAAAGUCUUCAAAGCCCAUCGGAAUGUGCUCUUUGCCAGCAGUGGCUACUUCAAAAUGCUCCUUUCCCAGUGCUCUAAAGAAGCCAGCCAGCCCACAACAGCCACUUUCCAAGCCUUUUCUCCUGAAACAUUUUCCGUUAUCCUGGAUUUUGUGUAUUCGGGCAAACUCUCCCUUACCGGGCAAAACGUAAUCGAGGUCAUGUCCGCUGCCAGCUACCUGCAAAUGACUGAUGUUAUUAGCGUUUGUAAGACGUUCAUUAAAUCUUCCCUGGACAUCAGCGAGAAGGAAAAGGAUCGCUAUUUCAGCCUCUCGGACAAGGAAGUGAACUCAAAUGGUGUGGAACGUUUGUGCCUCUACGGGCCUGGCUGGAAAGUGGAGAGCAGCCCACCCCAUGCGCACUUAAGCCCAGAUCAGGGGACAUGUAUAGUCAGUGGGAAUUCGUGGAGCAGUUUCAGCUAUUACCCGUCUGCUCAGCGGAAUGCCCAGCAGCUGUCCAAGCAGGACCAAUGGCAAGAUUCCAUGAAGAAAAGCAGCAAACACACAGGAUUGCCACAGACCACGGACAUCCCUCACUAUAAAUCGAGCAAGCUGGACGAGCAAGCUUCAGAGCCUGCAAGCCACGUUCCUGCUUCAGAAGAGGAUGUCCAGAUUGAUUCUGAAGGGGAUUCUGGUCACAGUGGCUACCAGUACAGUCAGGGAUCUGACACCCUUCCAAGAGGCUUGGCGAUGCCGCAGCAAGAGCACGAAUCCCCCCAUUCUGCUGGCAAGUUGAAAUCACCCAAGGGGGAUGAGCAAUAUCCCAGCAUGCACUCAGUAUUGGGCGUAAUGGGGAGCUGGGCUGACGAUGAUCUGCCCAGAAUGAGAUUCAAGUGCCCCUUUUGUACUCAUGUGGUGAAACGUAAAGCAGACCUGAAGCGCCACCUUCGCUGCCACACAGGAGAACGGCCUUAUCCCUGCGAAGCUUGCGGAAAGCGGUUCAGCAGGCUGGACCACUUGAGCAGCCACUUCCGGACAAUCCACCAGGCUUGCAAACCCAUCUGCCGAAAAUGCAAGCGUCAUGUCACUGAAAUGACUGGACAGGUAGUCCAGGAAGGAACGAGACGGUACAGACUUUGCAAUGAAUGUCUGUCUGAAGCGGGCAUUGACAGCAUCCGGAUUGACCUGGACACAGAACCACCACCUGAGUUCCCGCUGGAAGAAGACAAGGAAUCAAGCUGGAAUUACGGGGAAGACAACAAGUCAGACAUUGAGAUUGUCGAGGAUGGGUCAUCUGACUUGGUCAUCCAGCAAGUCGAUGACAGUGACGAUGAGGCAGAGGAAAAAGAUAUAAAACCAAAAGUUAGCUAGUUAUGAAUGAACUGAUGAAAGGCCCUGUCUUUUUCUGUUGACCCUCCCUUUUGUCUUGACCAUAGACUCCCAGCCAGCCCGUGGUUAACAUAUCAUCUAUUAUAUAGGCUUUCUAUGACUCAGUCUCAAAUUGCAUGCAUUUAUGGACAUGCUGUGUGUCUCCUUUGAAUUUAGUUACUCCCAAGUAUCAAUAUUUUGUUGCAUAAGAAAAAAAAAAUCCAUCCCGAGAUGGAAUCAUGUAUGAACAAUUUACUGCUGAACUUCAACAGUGACAACUUUUGAUAUAGCCUAAAUGGAUCUCUUCUCAAGUCUUUUUCAAUGUUGGGGAAGGGAAGCAGCACCAAAUAAAGUUAACGACUUCAUUGUAAGUUACUCUAUUAAA